AUGUUUCCAAAAAUCAAGUUUCUUGUAGUGCUUCUUGAAGAUGAUUUUGAAACCCUAGCAAAUACCCCACCACAUAGCUUUCUUGAAGAUGAUUUUGAAAUCCUAACAAAUACCUCACCACAUAGUUUACUUGAAAAUGAUUUUGAGACCCUAGCAAAUACCUCACCACUAAGUUUACUUGAAAAUGAUUUUGAAGCCGUAAUAAAUAGUACCUCAUUGCCUAUGAUACUUGAAGAUGAUUUUGAAACCCUAAACAACACUUCACUGGAAACUUUACUUGAUUCAACUUCUUUUAAACCUGAUGAUUUGCAGGAAACUACUUUAUCGCCACCUACUGAUCGUCGUGUUCGAGAAGCAGUCACCACCAGGAAGAAAUUUAAAGGUGUAAGGAGGAGGCCGUGGGGCACAUAUGCGGCGGAGAUUAGAGAUCCGAAGAGACAUGGAGCUCGAAUUUGGCUUGGUACUUACGAGAAACCAGAAGAUGCAGCAUUUGCUUAUGAUAGAGCCGCUUAUGAAAUGCGAGGUGCCAAAGCCAGGCUCAACUUUCCUCAUUUAAUUGGCUCAACUGAGUAUGAGCCGAUUAGAGUGACUAACAAGCGUAGCUUGCCGGAACAGUCCUCUUUAUCGUCAAGUUCCUCGUCUUCGACGUCGGAUCAGCUGCAGCAGGAUGAUGAUUCUCCAAAGUCCACCAAGAAAAUAAAAUCAAUUAAUUUAAUAGCUAAUGCGGUAGCACAAAAUGUUUACCAGUUUAGCCAAGUCAUCAAUUGCCAAUUUAGCCAAGUCGACUCAAACCAAAGUGUCUAUGGAAGUUCUUUAUUAAAAUAAAGGUAAAAUCAUCCAAAACUACUUUAUUUUUUCUACUCCUUUUCUUGAUAUCUCAAACUUCUAAAAACAUCAAUUUCAGCCCAUUUUUCAGUUUUCUAUUUCAAUAAUGCCGAUUUUGAAAAUUUAAAAAAAUGCACGUGAUCAUUGUCCACAUGGUUUCCAAAUCAUCUGGACGUAAUCACUUAAAAAUAUCCCACAUUAUGUACCUUCUUUUAUUUAUAUUUUAAAUUUUGCCUAAAUUUCAAUAUUUUAAGUUGUGCCUAUUUUUUACAACUGAAGAAAGAAUUUCCACUUGACUAUCAAGUUGCACUACAUUAAUAAAAAGGACCAUUGUACUAUAUAUUCUUCUCCCAUUUUUCUCCAAACAUAUCAAAAAUUAAUACUUUUCACUUAUUUUUCUUCUACCUAUUAAAAUCAAAUCACUAUUUCUGAAAAAUUAAACAAAUUUCUCUAUUAUUUUUUUCAUCAUUCGUCAUAGCAGUUUAUUACAACGACUAUUAAAAUCGUUACAAUAUAUAGACUUUGUAACAGAAGAGAUUGGCGGUGGUGAUUCUUUGAUGAAGCUUCUUUUAUUAUCUUUCUUUUUCUCAAAGAUUUUAGAGAGACGACUUGAAUCUUAAAAAAACUGUAAUUUGGUAUAAGUUCUCUUUUUAUAAUUCUCUUUCUCCUUGGAUUAAAAGUAAAAGAAAAAAAUAUAUUU